AUGAAAUACUUAGCUGCUUACUUAUUAUUAGUUAAUGCCGGUAACGCCACUCCAUCUGCUGCCGAUGUCAAAGCUGUUUUGUCAGCUGCUAAUAUUGAAAUCGAAGAAGAAAAAGUUGAAAAAUUGAUCAGCGAAUUGGACGGUAAGAACGUUGAAGAAUUGAUUGUUGAAGGUAACGAAAAAUUAUCCUCUGUUCCAACUGGUGCCCCUGCUGCUGCUGCCGGUGGUGCUUCUGCUGCAGCUGGUGGUGAAGCCGCUGAGGAAGCUGCUGAAGAAGAAGCUGCUGAAGAAUCUGAUGAUGACAUGGGUUUCGGUUUAUUCGAUUAA